CGUCUUCUCCAAAAUCCCCCCUUCCCAAAAAUUCCUCCCUUAAUCGCCAUUCUCCUUUCUGUAAAUUAUUAUCAGCACUCACAGUGAACCAUUCCAAUCGGAAUCUGCGUAAGUACCUCUAUGUUUCUUCUCUCUCGUUUUCCCUUUCUCGCUUUCCUCUAUUUCGUUUGUUGAUCUUUCAUAAUCCCAUAGAAAAACUUUCUGUGAUCAUCCAUUGUUUUCGGAUCAAAUUAAUCGAAUUAAGUGUAUACGAAAAUGGGUUGCACUGUGAGAGAUAAGCACACUAGAGCCAACCGCCGAGCUCGAUCGUCGACAACGACGACGACGAAGCCCGAAAUGGAUCCUUGCUGUUAUGCAUCUUCGCUCUCCAAGUCCUUACUCGAAUCGGGUCUCAAACCCUUGGCGGCUUAUCAUAUGGGUCUCCAAGAUCUGACCCAGAACAGCGACGAUGACGAGAGCAACAACAAUGGAUGGGGAUACUGCACCGAGGACCAAUUGGAGGAGAUUCUGUUGAAGCAGCUGGAGUUUCUGUAUAAGGAGGCCAUUUCCAAGCUUUCUACGAUGGGUUACAAUGAGGAGACUGCUAUGAAAGCGGUUCUGCGCAAUGGGCAUUGCUAUGGUGGGAUGGAUGUAGUCACCAAUAUAUUGCACAACUCGCUGGCUUAUUUGAAUAGCAACUCUAGUGGAAGUGGUGGCGGUGGAGGGAGCGGGAGUAAUGGUAGCAGUAAUGGAAGUUCGGAAGAUUCCGAGCCUGUUUUCAAUGAUUUGAGGCAACUGGAAGAGUAUUCCCUUGCUGGUAUGAUUUGUUUGCUACAACAAGUUAGGCCGCAUUUGAGUAAAGGCGAUGCUAUGUGGUGUUUGUUGAUGAGUGAGCUUCAUGUGGGUAGAGCCAAUACUAUUGAAGUUCCCUUGCCUAAUUUACCAGAGAAUGACAAUGCGGGUGCGGGGCAGCAGAGGAGCUUGGAUAGUGGUGUGGUGGCACCGGCACUAUGUAGGUUUCAUGGUGGGUGGGGGUUUCGAAAUGGAGGAGGAGGAGGAGGAGGUGGCGGGCCUCAAUUUGGUUUUUUCUCAUAUAGUGGUGAAAUGACGUUGCAGAGAGAUAUAGAAUGUCCCAAAAGAUUCAAUCUUUCACCUUCAAUGAAGUCUUUGCUGAAGAGGAAUGUCGCAAUGUUUGCUGCAGGUUUUAGGGCCAGUUCAAAACAGAUAGACGCGCAGCCUCAAAUGCAACCUCAAUCUCAGGCUUCUGUGAGUGGUUUGCCAGCUCCACACGUCGUCCCAGUCGACAAUGGAGGUGAUGUUGCAGUUGUUAAGGGUGAAGAGGAGUCAAAGAGCUUGAAAAGCCAAGAUGAAGUAAGCUCGGUGUUGAGUAAGUUUCGUGAUCUGAAUCUUGAUGAGAGUUUGGAGCUUCCAGCAGAUGAGCAGAAGGACGAUAUGAUAGUGGCUCUACUUCAUCAGAUUAAGGAUCUGGAGAAGCAAGUAAAAGAUCGAAAGGAGUGGGCACAUCAGAAGGCGAUGCAAGCUGCUAGAAAGCUGAGUAAUGAUUUGACUGAGCUUAAAAUGCUGAGGAUGGAGAAGGAGGAGAACCAGCGGUUGAAGAAAGGGAAACAAACACUUGAGGACUCGACAAUGAAGAGAUUGUCGGAGAUGGAGAAUGCCUUGAGGAAGGCCAGCGGUCAAGUUGACAGGGCAAAUGCAGCUGUGAGGCGGCUCGAAACUGAGAAUGCAGAGAUAAGAGCUGAGAUGGAGGCCUCUAAGUUAAGUGCUUCUGAGUCUGUGACGACGUGUUUGGAAGCUGCAAAGAGGGAGAAGAAGUGUCUGAAGAGGCUGUUGGCUUGGGAGAAACAGAAAGCUAAGCUGCAGGAUGAGAUUUCUGACGAGAAAGAGAAGAUCAAGGAGUUGCAAAGGUGUCUAAGUUUGGUUGAACAGGCACAGAAAGAUGCUGAGGUGAAGUGGCGCCAGGAAGUGAAGGCAAAAGAGCAAGCUUUAUCACAGGUGGAGGAGGAGAGACGCUCCAAGGAAGCUGCAGAGGCCAACAACAAAAGGAAGCUCGAGGCCCUCCGUCUCAAGAUCGAGAUCGACUUCCAGCGUCACAAGGACGACCUCCAACGACUCGAGCAGGAACUCUCACGUCUGAAAUCAUCGUCCGUGGAACCCAAUGACACUCUACCGUCGGGAAAGCCCCUUGCCGAGAAGAUCAGGCCCCAGGGAGAACAAAAAACCAUUGCCAAGCUGCUUCACGAGCUGGAGAAGCUCGAGGAUUCUUCUCAGAAGGGCGGCAGCUCUGAUCGAGAAUGCAUGAUCUGCAUGAAAGACGAGGUUUCUGUGGUGUUCUUACCGUGUGCUCACCAGGUUAUGUGUGCUGGAUGCAGCGAUAGCUACGGGAAGAAGGGUGGGAGGGCUACUUGUCCUUGCUGCCGCGUCACGAUUGAGCAAAGGAUUCGUGUGUUUGGAGCAAGUUCAUAGUUGAUCAGUUAUAUAGAUAUAUAGUCACCAUAAUAAUAAUAAAGAACGGGGAGAAUAAGGAAGAACUGGAUGAGGUUAUUUAAGCUUCCCAUAGCUGGAAAAAUGGGUUUGAUGUUGUCCCAGGACAUCUGAUUACUUAUUGAUGUGUUUUUUUUUUUUUACAGACAUUUGUGUUUUAUUAGAUGCUGCUGGUGUUUUUACAGCACAUAUGAGGGGAAGUAUGUAAAUAACAAACAUGCUCGAUUCAGGCUCUUCCUUGUAGCAUGAAAGAAAGGGAGAAAAGAAAACCCUUUCCUGAGAUGUUGCUGAUGGUUUGUCUGAUUGGCACCAGAGAUUUCAAUUUCUAGCUAACUGUUUGUACCAUCUUGCUCGACUUUGGAACAAUAAUGAUUUGUUGCGUGG